AUCCGACAAAUAGCAUGCCAUUACCUCAUCAUCGACCUCAUUGUUACAUCAAGGGCUUUAUUACUCAUCAGUGCUCACCCUCUUCUCAUAUCUAUGCUAAAAUUCAACCCAACCCUUUUUUUUUUCUUCCUACUCUCAUGGAAAACAUAGACACCUCAAAAUUUUCGCACCAAUCUCAAAACCAAAACAAGAAUAAUAUUCCCUUGAUGUCUAUUGAAAUAUUAGACAAGUCCUAUGAGAAGAGAGUCGUGAAUAAGGUUCCAAAAGUAGCAAACAAGAGUGAGAAAAAGUUUCUUGGGGUGAGACAAAGACCUUCAGGAAGAUGGAUUGCUGAGAUCAAGGACUCCUCUCAGAAACUAAGACUUUGGUUAGGAACUUUUGACAAAGCAGAAGAAGCUGCCUUGGCUUAUGACUGUGCUGCAAGGCUUCUUAGAGGGAGAAAUGCCAAAACAAACUUUCCAAACAACCCUGGAAUCAUGAACACUACUCAUGAAGAAGAUUGCAGCAUUUUGGGUAAGAAUCCAAGGGCUUAUCAACUUCUUAAGCAUGCAGUCAUGAAGAAUAACCAUGCACUUUAUUCCACAGUCAUGCCUUGGAAAAACCAGAUCAUGGUGAGAGACGAAUUUGACACCCUUGUUGAGGAAACUAUAGUUUGUUCCAUUCCUGAACAAGGUUCUGGUUGUUGUGGAAUUUCAUUUGGAAGUUCUAAGGUUUAUUCUUCUGUUGUUGUAGCUCCUUCUUUCAGUGCUUCUCAUGAUGAAACCUCCUAAGCUAGUAUGUCUUAUUGCAAUUAUUGCUUGUUAAUUAUGUCUUCCGUCCAACCCUAUUUUGCUUCACAAACAGAUAUCAAACUCUAAGUUAUCUUCACUACAUAUAACAUAUAUGAUAUCUGUUACAUGCAUGUUGUCACCUGAUGAUGAUAAUCUACUCCCAUGUGAUCUUUUUAUUACUUAUAUGGGCGAGCUAAACAUUUUUACUUUCAUUUCUUGAUGUAAUAUUGCCCUGUAUCUAUCAUAAGAUUUGUCAUAUUUCAUAUUUAA